AUGUCCACCAAAGUUUCUACUUCUGAACAAGUUAAGCAAUUGCUUGAUGCUUAUGAUUAUUUCCUCUUCGAUUGUGAUGGAGUUCUUUGGUUAGGUGAUCAUAUUUUACCUAAAGUUGCUGAAACCUUGAAAUCAUUGAAGCUGCAUGGAAAGACCGUUAUCUUCGUUACCAAUAAUUCAACAAAAUCUAGAAAAGAUUAUUUGAAAAAGUUCUUAAAAUUCGGAAUUGAAGGUAUUAAUAAAACAGAUAUCUUUGGAUCAUCUUACGCUACUGCUAUUUAUAUCAAUAAGAUCUUGAAAUUACCUCUUAAUGAAAAAAUUUGGAUCUUAGGUGAAGAAGGAAUUAAAUUAGAAUUGGAAGAAUUGGGUUAUAAAACGUUGGGUGCAAAUGAUAGUAAAUUGAACGAAGACAAAGAAUUCAACCCAGAUCACGAAAUGUUAACAGAAUUAGAUCCUGAAGUUGGAUGUGUUGUUGCUGGAUUGUGUUUAAAUUUAAACUAUUUGAAAUUAUCCAUUACCAUGCAAUACUUAUUAACUAAGAACAAAUCGUUACCUUUCAUUGCCACCAAUAUUGAUUCAACUUUCCCAUCAAAAGGUAAGCUUUUGAUUGGUGCAGGUUCAAUUAUUGAAACUGUCAGUUAUGCUAGUGAAAGAAAACCAGAUGCUAUUUGUGGAAAACCGAAUCAAUCCAUGAUGAAUUCCAUUAAAGCUGACUAUCCGGAAUUACAGGCUAAUCCAAAGAGAGGGUUGAUGAUCGGUGACAGAUUAAACACUGAUAUGAAAUUCGGUAAGUUAGGAGGUUUAGAUACUUUAUUGGUAUUAACAGGUAUCGAAACUGAAGAAAGGGUUUUAAGUUUAACUGAAGAACAACCUACUUAUUAUAUGGAUAAACUUGGAGAUAUCUUCGAAUUGACUAGAGAAUAG